AAACCUAAAUAUUUCCACUGCUGGGCGUUUGUUGGGCUUAUUUCGCUGGUGGUUGGGAGUUACUACACGAGAAAGUUUUCACAGCAGGCGCAGCGACCUGGCCACACUUUCACUGUUACGGCUGCAUUUACACCUGGUUAGCCGUUUAACGUUUAGCUUCCGAGUCAUGCAAAUAGAUAAAACCCAGAACUUUACACUGAAGCCUAUUCGCGUGCUGCUGGCGCGUCAUUACGAAGCUAAAGCUAAAAGUGUCCAACUUUCUACGUAGCCGUUAGCAGGGCUAGCAAUGCUAGUGGGUGACCUAGCUAGCAAACCCGCUGUCAGUGCCUUCUGUCCCGCAGACACAUGACGGACGGCUGAUGCGUGUGUUGCUUGCCUCGCCAGGGAGAGCUGUGAGAGAAGAGGUCGGAGGGUCGUCAAGAUGGUCCGGGCCGGCAGUUUUCUGAAGCUAUGUGCGCUCCUGGUUGCGUUCCUCUUCGCUGUCUUUUUGGCUUUUCAGCUGCUGGAGAUCAACACUGAGUUUUCACUGGGCGGCAUGUUCCUAAAAUACAAAUCAGAGAACGAACACCCAACAAGGCUGGGACAGUACAAGUGUGGACUGACCAAGCCGUGCCCUGCGGCGCACUUCUACUUCAAGAUGACGAGCGGAGCGGCCAGUGUGGUGGGGCCCAGAAUGUGCCUGGAGGACAAAUUCCUAAUGAGUGGAGUUAAAAACAACGUUGGGAGGGGAAUCAACAUCGCCUUGGCCAACGGAAAAACGGGUGACGUUAUCAAGACGGACUAUUUUGAUAUGUGGGCAGGAGAUGUGGUUCCAUUUAUUAAGUUCCUGAAGGAAAUCGAAGAAGGGACCAUUGUCAUGAUGGCUUCUUUUGAUGAUCCAUCCACCAAGCUCACUGACGAAGCCAGGCAGCUAAUUGGCGAUCUGGGCAGCUCGGCUAUCACCAAUUUGGGUUUCAGGGAUAACUGGAUCUUUGUGGGGGGAAAAGGCAUCAAGACAAAGAGUCCGUUUGAGCAGCACAUAAAAAACAGCGCAGACACAAACAAGUUCGAGGGCUGGCCCGAGGUGCUGGAGAUGGAGGGCUGCAUCCCUCAGAGGCAGGAGUGAUUCCAGCCGCCGCUGUCGUCGUUAACCAUCCAUUUCACACCUCCAGCAUCCUAAAGACAUUCCUGUACGCUGUAGUCUUUAAUGGUUACAAGCGCAGAGAAAUUCAGAUUUUCCCACUGGUAGGUGCUGGUGUGACAGAUGAGCCAGCGGGACUCCUGCCACACCUUAGCAGGAGGACGCAGGUCAGAUGCUUCAGCCUGGACAAGGCUGGCAUUCCAUCACACUCCCUCCCUUUAAGGUCAACAGAUUCAGCUGAGCUAGUGUUGCAUUGUUGCACAGCUGUUAUUGGAAAUAAUUGUAUAGUUUUUUGUGUUCUUUUGGGGGGGGUCUAAAUUGGUAUUACCCGCACGCUUGCCUUAAUUGUGCUAUCCAGUUCGUUAAACAUUUUGGUUUUUCCUUCUUUCCUGUCAGAGUGUUGAUAGCUUUGAAAUAAAACUGCCAUUAGUGUUUUGGUUUUUUUUCAGAAUAUUAUAACCAAAUGUACCAGGUUCACUGUGAAAUUUGUAAAUAUUUGUUUAGAGGUGAUCAAGAUUUCUUAAUUUAAUAAACAUUGUUGUAGUAAUAAUAAUAAUAAUAAUAUAAUUUCUUUAUGAUCUUGUUAGAAAAGUAUGGAAUUUCUUGAGGUGAUUAAAGUGUUUUUUCCAGUUA